UGGCAAUAAACAGCUGAAAGUUCAGCUGUGAUAUUGACAAAUAUAUUUUUAGGUUAGUCUUCUUAAAAAACUUUACCUAAAAAAUUACCUAAAACAGGGGCUCUACACCUUCUACAAUGAGCUAUUUUGGCCUGGACCGUCUCCUGCGCCUCCGCCAAACCAUUAAGCAAUAUGGUGGUCUUAAAGCAUCCAUUUACAAAUACUGGAGAAUGGAUUCACUGAGACCAGGUACUCUUGUAGGAACUGAUAAAUACGGCAACAAAUAUUACGAAAACAAGGCUUAUUUUUAUGGUAGAAACCGAUGGGUGGAGUAUGCCGAGCAUGUUGGGAUAAAUUAUGAUGCCAGUCAAGUACCUGCAGAGUGGUACGGGUGGUUACAUUACAAAACUGAUUAUUUACCCAGUGAAGACCCUGGCAGGCCAAAGUAUAAGUGGAUGUUAGACCAUACUGAAAACUUUAGUGGUACUAAGUUCCAGUAUAUGCCUUACUCUACUACUACUCCCAAAAUUGAGGCUUGGGUACCACCAAAGAAGUAGGUGGGUUUUGGUUUUAAUUAAAUUAUGUAUGUUUAUAGUGUUAGAAGUAUAAAGUGUAAAAAAGUC